AUGAGUGAGGCUUCUUCUUUACAAUACACGCCUCUACAAGAGAUCGACUCUAUCGUUGCGCAUAGCAAGGAAUGUUACCAUGAAAGACAAGUGCACCUUAGUCAGACUAAAAAUCCACGGGCUACAGACUUGAAAUUGAGACUCAAAGAAUUACAGAGUCUUUACUUUGGGUUGAAAGACCAUGAGGACGAGAUUGUAGAGGCCUUGAAACAGGACUUCAACCGCAGUAGGUUUGAAACCUUUGUGAUUGAGUUGAUUCCCCUUUACAAUAACAUUUUGCACGUUAUUGAUAACUUGCCCAAGCGCAUUCAGCCUCAAAAGAUUGCAGAGUCUGGCCGGAUGUUUAAAUUAAGUUCAGUCAAUGUUGAGCAAAUUUCGCUUGGCUCUGUGCUUGUGAUAUCCCCAUUCAACUAUCCCGUAUUACUCUCCUUAGAUCCUAUUGCUGCAGCUAUUGCAUGCGGCAACUCCGUGGUUUGGAAACCUAGCGAAAUGACCCCUGCCACGGCUGCAGUUUUGGAGAAGAUAUUAGUAUCAUCAGUGAGCUCAUCUUGGAUUAAGGUUGUUCAAGGCGCAGUUCAAGAAACGUCCCAGUUGAUUAAAAACCCAAAUUUUGACAAAAUAUUUUACACUGGGUCCACAAGAGUUGGGCGUAUUGUCGCCCAAGAGGCUGCAAAAAAUUUGAUUCCAGUAACAUUAGAGUUGGGCGGUAAAUCUCCAGUAUUUAUAACUGAGCAUCUUUCACCAAGUAACUUGAAAAAGGCACUGAAAAGGACUUUUUUUGGUGCCUUCAGCAACUCCGGGCAAACAUGCGUUUCUUCGGAUUAUAUGUUGGUCCAUGAGUCCAAAUUAAAGCAAGUAAAGGAACUCACAGCCGAAGUUCUGGAUGAAUUUUGGCCUCAACUACAUAGUGAAUCCGAUGUCACUUCUAUGAUUAAUGACGCAGCCUAUGAAAAGACAAUCGAAAAACUUGAUGCCACUAAAGGAAACAAAAUACAGCCUUCUAACAAGAGCGCCAAUUUGCCUCCUAGAUUUAUUCCCCCUACUGUUAUUUUCGAUGUGGAAUGGCAGGAUUCUUUGAUGAAAGGAGAAAACUUCUCUCCAGUUUUAGCAGUGAUAACUUAUCGUGAUUUAGAUAAUGUUAUUGAAGAGGUUAUCAAGAAUCAUAGGAAUCCGUUGGCAUUGUAUGUAUUCUCACAAGACCAGCAGGAAAUCAAUCAAAUUCUUACGAUGGUCAAGUCUGGUGGGUGUAUCAUUAACGACACCAUGAUUCACGUAGCUGCUUCAGAUGCUCCAUUCGGGGGCAUACGUGAAUCUGGCCAUGGAAGUUAUCAUGGGAAAUGGAGCUUUGCGGCAUUUUCACACGAAAGAACGGUCAUUAAACAGCCUUUUUGGACGGAUUUCAUCAACAACGUGAGGAAUCCACCGUAUACGUCGAAUAAGCUCUCUUUAGCCCAAGCCACCAUUGAAGUGAAGCCCAGCUUCAGAAGAGACGGCGCAAGGGCUACGUUAUCUGGCAAGUAUGUCAUGAUGGCAGUUUUAGCUGCUCUAGUAGCGAUCACAGGAAGCAAAAUAUUUCAGAAGUGGUUCAUCACAUAG